AUAACCCCACCCAGCGCUGUCAGAUUGUGUGUGCGCUUGCACUGUGUCUAUGUCGGCACCAACACCGAAUCCGACUUCAUGUUUUCUCGUGUGAAUUUCACGAAAGGGCGGCCUUUCUGCGCCCUAUAGCCCUUCUUGGGGCUGGAGUAGGCGGAAAGAUUUGUUUCUUAUUCGUUUGGAUGUUGGAUUUAUCAUUUGUGAUUGGAUUAUUGCUUCAAACUGGCAACAUUAGCGACCGUUGUUGACAGCAUGGGGUGCUUUCGGCAGAGCAGAGAAGACGAAGAUGACAAACUCAGAAAAGAAGCAAACAAGAGGAUAGAAAAACAACUUGCUAAAGACAAAUUGUUGUACAAGGGAACUCAUAGAUUGCUGUUGUUAGGUGCCGGAGAAUCAGGGAAAUCGACCAUUGUGAAACAGAUGCGCAUUUUGCACGUCAAUGGAUUUAGCCCUGAGGAACGGAGACAGAAAAUUGAGGACAUUAAAAGGAAUGUCCGCGAUGCUAUUUUGACCAUCACAGGUGCAAUGAGUACACUGAACCCACCAGUUACAUUACAGCAUCAUGAGAACAAGGCAAAAGUUGAUUACAUACAGGACCAGGCUAGCCAGCCAGAUUUUGAAUAUCCCUCGGAGUUUUAUGAAUACACAGAAAUCUUGUGGAGGGAUAAAGGAGUACAAACCUGUUUUGAGAGAUCCAAUGAGUACCAGCUCAUUGAUUGUGCACAGUAUUUUUUAGACAGAGUCCACAUAAUCAAGCAAGCAGAGUACACGCCCUCAGAACAGGAUAUACUUCGGUGUCGAGUCUUAACAUCAGGGAUAUUUGAAACAAAGUUCACUGUUGAUAAAGUUAAUUUUCACAUGUUUGAUGUGGGAGGACAGAGAGAUGAACGGCGUAAGUGGAUCCAGUGUUUCAAUGACGUCACGGCCAUCAUCUUUGUCACAGCUUGCAGUGGCUACAACAUGGUUUUACGAGAAGACCCCACUCAAAACCGUCUGCGGGAAUCUUUAGAUCUUUUUAAAAGUAUUUGGAACAAUAGGUGGCUGAGAACGAUAUCAGUCAUUUUGUUCUUAAAUAAACAAGAUCUGUUAGCAGAGAAGGUGAAAGCUGGAAAAUCAAAGAUAGAAGAUUACUUUCCGGAAUAUGCCAGGUACCAGGUGCCGCCAGAUGCCCAGUCAGAACCUGGUGAGGACCCAGAGGUGGUGAGAGCAAAGUACUUCAUUAGGGAUGAGUUUUUGAGAAUUAGCACAGCAAGUGGUGAUGGCCGACACUACUGCUACCCCCACUUCACCUGUGCGGUGGACACGGAGAACAUCCGCAGAGUGUUUGACGACUGUCGGGAUAUCAUCCAGCGAAUGCACCUACGUCAAUACGAGCUUCUGUGAUUUUUUGCCAGCUCAAUGGCUGAACUACUAUUUUUCUAUUGUGAUGCAUCUCUGCUUUUUGUUGGCCGUGUGUCUGGUCUUGUGUGUGCAUGUCUUCUCGGAUCAGGCAUCAGUUUUUUGUUCGGAGGAUGGAAGCAGAAGGGCUGGCUGUGAAUGGGGCUGGGCGCUUCCUGUGACUCUCUUCCGUCCCUCUCCCUUGCCUUGCCACCCAGCGGGAAAUGAGAAAUGAUGACACGUUGUACAUUAUUGGAGUGCUCACACUUUACCCCGGGCAGGUAGCACCCCGCAACUCCCCCUCUCCACUUCCCCCUCUACCCCACUCCUUUGACCACCACACUCUCACAAAGCAUGAGUGAGUUCCCCCCCCCCCCCCACGUUUUAAAAAAAAUCUGGCAAGGCUGAGGGCUGAUUACAUCUUACAUGAAUAUAUACAAACGUAUGUAAACACAUGCACAGACAUAAACACAUCUCACUUGCCCACACACACACACACUCCACACACACUCACACACACAUGCACACUUGCCCACCCACACACACACGCAAACACACACACACACACACACACACACACACACGCACACACACACACGGUCAUGUUCUCAUUUUACACUGUUAUGGUACUUCUCGUUUGCAGACAUAGUUUCACUCCCAUUACUCAGACAUGAUAAGUUCACAGUACUCUUGAGAGUAGUUGACUCGAAUUCUGUGUGCACAGGAGAAAUGAAACAUUCUCCCAUCCUACCCUCACAAAAACACAGACGUGCACCUGUAGACUCUUUAAUUAAAAAAACAACACAAAAAUAUUUUUUUUGUACAUGGGCGGUAAAUUUACCCUUGAUGAAUAAGAUUCUUUUGUUUUUGUUUUGUUUUUGCUGCUGCAGAAGUAGCAGGACAUCGCGAGACACGAUGUGAUAUAUGUGAUAGUGCGGCAGCUAAUGGCCGCCAAGACUAUGCUUCUUUCAUGCUGCAAGCUUACACACAUCAAUCCCAGUUUGAGCAGUCUUGCUCGUUUUUGCAGGAGAGAGUGAAGAGAGAGAGAGCGAAAGAGAGAGAACGAAAGAGCGAGAGACAGAGAGAAAGAGAGAGAGAGAGUAUAGAAGCUGUAGAAGAAACCUGAAGUUAUAAAAAGAAAUGUUUUUUGCAGCUUUUGGUUAAUGUCAAACCUGUUUUUAUUGUGGGAUCUGAAUUUCUUUGUUUUUGAUUGUCUUGGGUUUUUCAACAUAUUUGUUUUUUCCCCCCCCCCUUUUUUUAAAACCGAAGAUGAAAAGAACUUCCGUUAUUUUAGUUUUUCUGUUUUUUGAAUGUUUAUUGUAUGUUUUGUCAAUGCUCAAUCCAUAGGUAGGCCUGGGAAUUGUCUGCUACUGAGUGGAAUUCCACCUAACUGAUGAUAAGUGGUUUGGCUCUGUGUACUCCUCCCCCCCUCUCCCCUCCCUUCCCCUCCACCCGCCUCAUCAUUGUUAUAUCACACCAUGUUAUAUAGUCCUUCAUUUCUACAACCUCUCCGAUGUGGAUUUUGGGAGGAAUUCUCUCGGAAUUGUUUUGUUUUUUUUGGUCCACUUUCCCUGGCCCAAGGUUGGGCUGUGUGGAGCAGACCUGCUAUACCAGAUCAGAUAAUUAUGGCAAAGACGUUUUGAGUCAAGCCUGUACAGUCUUUGCUAAUGUUCUGUUUAUUGGGUAUACGAGUGACCAGAUUGACUGUGCGAAAUGUACCAUCCUUCCUUCUUUGUACUACAAGACUUUUUAGUUGUUUUUCACGUACUUCGCCAGUCUUGCUAUGUAUGAAACCCUCCUCCCCCCCAUUGAAUAGUUGUUUGAUACAUGGGCCCUAAGGCAUGAUUAUCUUGUGUGUGCAUAUUAUCUUAUUUUUGAUACUUGUGUGCUAAAAGAUGGCAUAUCUAUCUAAAGAACUUCACCUCUAAUUUUAAUGUCUUAGGUAAAACUAUACCAUGUGCAACUUAUGCCAUAUUGAAUUUGAAGUGGAAGGUCUCUGUAAGUAUGGUUGAUUUGUUGUUUCUAUUUCGUUUCCCGAAAAAUGUAUAUGGUGUGCAAGUUCAAAUCCUGGUGUGUGUACUAUAAGCACAGAUUGUAUCAUGAUUAUUAUCUUCCCUAACUUGGCGAUCCUGCUUUCAUCACUGUGGUUAUGUUUCCCAGCAACUCACAUACCUGGACGUGUGCCCUCCCUUCCCCCUCCGUUUGUGCAGGGUCCCUGUGAGGACAUUUGGGCCUGAGUCUCAGCUCCUUUUGCUUACUUAUCAUUCCAAACUCACGAUCUGCACAGGUCGCGCGAUAGAUUCACUGCUGGCUGGACAUUUUACCUGUGUUCACAGUCACUUUUCAUCUCUCCCCCCUCUGACCGUUUGUAUCUUUUCUUCUUGCAUUUAUUUCAGUUUAUGGGCCUGUCUAUUUUUUUAAAGACAAUAUGUCACUCUGGUUUAGACAAAGUAGUCCCGAAAAUAAAUUACUGAAUGGCUUUUCUCCCCUUCACCCAGCUUACAAGGGAACUCGUUUCUCAGAUUUAUGCUGCCAUCGUAUUGAUCUGAUCUUACUUUGAAAUGAUUAGCAAAUUUCGUAUAAGUUUUUUUCUUGUAUUUGGUUUUAUUUGUAAAUGUGCUGCAUAGCUGUGGACGUGCAGUUACUUGACUUAUGCCAAUGUGUCUCGUGGGGCCUAAUGGUGACAAAUACUGAGGUAAAGGAAAAAAACCCCAGCAAGUCUCAUACAAAACACAAGGAGGUGUGACAGGCAUUUGACGUUUCCCUGGUUUGCUGAGUUGAAAUUUGUCUGCACUCUGAAAGGAAUAUAUAACUGCACAAGUAAUCUAGAUGCAAAAGUAAAACAUAACUACGUAAAGUAAAUAAAUAUGUCCUUCGGUUAGCGUGCCCUUCUGGAAGAGAGUCUGAAAAUUGUCUUUUUUUUCUGGUUAUACUUUUGUGGAAAAAGAAUAGGCUGACACCAGCUGAUGAUGCAAAUAUGACCUACAAGUGUUUAUUGGCGGCUUUUAAAAAAAAAAUAGCCUUGAAGAGAUGUAGUAGGACAUUGAAGAGAAAGCAGGGGCUAAAGCUCAUGGGUUCUCUCUCUCUGUGUCUGUCUAUUGUGUGACGUUUCUGGCUUACAAAACUGUCAUAUCCCAGUAUAAUCUACAGCACUUGCAGUGUGGAAACAAAUGCUAUAUCUGUCCCAUGUGUGUGUGUGUGUGGUGUAUGGUAUGUGUGUGUGUGUUUAUGUAUAUGUGUGUGUAUGUGAGACUUGGCUUGUCUGUGGCUGCAGCGUUAAGGAUUGACGAGAGUUGAAUGGAGUUUUGUACAUUUGAUUACUAUACUGUAUAUCCCAUUGAUGCUGGUGUGUGUGUGUGUGUGUGUGUGAGUGUGUGUGUGUGUGUGUGUGUGUGUGUGUGUGUGUGUGUGUGUGUGUGUGUGUGUGUGUGUGUGUGUACUAUAAUAUCUUAUGAACAGGAUCCAUAUUUUCUUCCCAUCUUCUUUGCAAAUGGUGUGUGUAAAUGGCCAUAAGAGAAAUAUUUGAAAGCCUUUUGUUAUAGAAAAAGUACAUGUUAUCUGUUCUCUCCCCCUAUCCCCCUGUUCCAUGUGUGUUGACAUGAUUGGUAACUUGGAAACCUUCCUGAAGAUAACUAUUUAUCCAGUUCUUGCAGUUUGAUGGUUGCUGCAAGAGUAGUAGUAUACUGUGAAGUGUAUCUUGGGCUCUGGUAGCGACAGUGACAUUCUUUGUCCUUUUGUGUGAUUACUGCAGAAGUACUUGCUUAACCAGAACUCUAUCACACCAUUGUCAACAUAAUUUUUCAACUGGGGCAAAUGAAUCGAAUGUUGUUGUUGUUUUUUUCCUCUCUUCUUAGCAUGGUAAAACUGCCACUUCUUAAAGACAAUUGUUGUAAUAAAGUGAAUUUGAUUUUAGGAUUUGAGUGUGAUUUAAUGAUUUAACAAAUUUUUACUUGAGUCUUGACAGAAUCUCGAGAUAGUUUUUUUACGUGCCAGUUGCUGAAGAUUUGUCCUGCAGACAUCCUCAAUGACAAGAACAGGAUAGAUUGCUUGUCUUGUUUAAACUGCUCAGCUGCAUAUUGAAGCCAUUGUUUUCACUUUGUUUAUGUUGAAACGCUUGAGAAAGUGCUCUCUUUUUAUUUAUUUUGCUUGGCGUCCUGAGAAAGGUGUACAUGGGCGGGAUCACUCGGGGCUGUGACGAGUGGUGAUGGAUUGGGUUGGGAUGGAUGAUGAUGAUAAGGUGAUGAUGGAUUGGGUUGUGAUAGGGCGAUCAUGGGUUGGGUUGUGAUAGGUGAUGAUGGGGUCAUGAUGGAUUGGAUUGGGAUAGGUGACGGUUGGGCAAUGAUGGAUUAGGUUGUGAUAGGUGAUUAUGGGGUGAUCAUGGAUUGGGUUGUGACAAGUGAUUAUGAUAUAUAUAUACUACUUCUACUACAUGAUGGUUGUCAGCACCUGCUUUAUCAGAUCUCUCAGCACCAGUGUUGAAACGUUAUGAGUUGUGAACACGUUGAUGGUUUAGUUUCGUCAGCUGUUUUCUUUUGCAGUUAAAAAAAAAUUUGCAAGAGUUGUGUUUUUUGGGGGUUUAGAUUCAGUUUCCCGGGUGGAUAGAUUUCAGUCUCGGUGAUGAUUGUCUGAUGUACAUUGUUGUCACGAUGAGUGAGGGGGAGAAAGUGGAGACCCGAGGGCCCUCUUAUACAUGAUCUGUUAGAUUUCUUACCCGGAGCUGUGACUGAUUUACUUUCAACAGAUACGUUCUGAGCUCAUUUGAUCUGACAUUUUGGAAGUUGGGUUGAUUUUGAUGGGGCGUCAUCUCUCCAGGAAUGGAGAGAGGCCUUUUUGGGUUUGUAGAGAGGAAAGAAUCUUUUUUCUGCUCUUUGUAGAAAGUUUAGAGAACUGUGUGUGAACUUUGUAAAAAAUAUUCUAGCUUUAAUGUUGGCUUCUGCUUUUUUCCUAUUCCGAGGUAGAAUGUGCUGACUAAGCCCUUUCAUGAGGUCGUACUGGAAAAGAGCUGAUGACGCUAGGGUUUUUUUUUUUUAGGUUUGUUGUUGGGUUUUUAAAGAAUGUUCUGUUUUUGUGCUGUCAUGACUUUGGUCACAGCUUUGCGCUUGUUUCUAGGUGUACGAUCAUUUGACAUCUACUAAAGAGCUUGUUUAUUUACAAUGACUUUAAUCCGUCCUUAGUUGUACCCACAUUUUUAAGGUUUUAAUUCAUUUUAUGUCAAUUUGUCAGGCGUAAACAAAUAUAGACGGGAAAUGGUCUGCCGAUUUCUGUGCUGGGACCACCUAAAAAAAAAAAUGAAGACUAGGUAACAAAAUGAUGACUGCCAAAAUGUUAGAU